AUGACACCCAAGCGCUCUAUCCCGCCGUAUGUCACUGGCUUCAUUAAUCCAAGGUCGUCUGGUGACGAGGUGUACAUCUUCAAAGACGAUAAAUAUGUCUUGAUCCAUUUCCAUACGUCCACUUUGAGGGACACUCUUCUGUCUGGACCUCAUUGCAUCACAGACGAUUGGGUGUCGUUGAAGCAUGUAGGCUUCUCCUGCAUCGACGCGGCCAUCCCCAAUCCGAGCACCCCUAACCAGGUCUUCUUCUUCUUCCAGGACCGCUACGUCCUCGUAGAGGUCUGUUCCAAACCUGGCGCCCACGACGACAAACUCAUCGACGGACCGAAGAACACCCUCAUCGAGUUCGCCAACCUCCAGGGGCCCCAGUUCGGGACUCCGGAUGUCACGUUGCAGAUCGCCUGGCCGGCUGACGACGGCUACUACUGGGUGUACUUCUUCAAAGACACCGAGUGGCUUCAAUUUAACGUCGGGGAGAACGCGUCGGGCGCGAAGGACAUCGAUAACAUUUGGCCAUCACUGAAGAAGUCCGGGUUCGAGACGGUCGACAUGGCGUUUCCCAAGCCGGGAGGCGACGGACACGAGGUCUACUUCUUCAGUGGGACACAAUAUGCAAGGAUCUGGUAUCAGUCUGCCUGGCAGUUCAUCGGUGUCCCACUGCCAGUAUUUGAAGUAACCGAAGCCUUGGACCUCUUGGUAGUGUUUAUGAUCCAAUGCGAGGGGCUACUUUAUGUACGCUUCACUGGAUUUGAAUACGAUGGCGAUGAGGAAUUGGUAGUAGCGGGCAGCGCGAAGGACGACGGUGUAGACGUGGACGACGGCGUUGUGGACGAAGUUGCCUGUGAGGAAGGGGGGAGGACCCGUCCGCGAUUACAGUCGCACUGGUAG